GGAGCACCAAAUAACUGGAGGUAGCGAUGGGUUCGUGGAUCCGCAACUGCCGCGUGUGUUCCCACACUCCGUUUGCGGCAUUCUUCGGCUUCUAGGAUGACAGUAGUCGCGCCGAGGGACGGUCAGGCCAGGGCCCUUCUCGCACGCGGCAGCGGGGCAGCCAGCGCAGCGGGCAGCAGUCUGAGGCCACCGUCGACACUGAUUUGAGUGCGGCCGAUGAAGGGACGGGGCGCAAGAAGGGGCAGAUCCGGUCGGUGGAGGAGAUUCAGGUGCUCAUCCGGGCCUGGGAGAACUACGUGCACCCCAGGGCCAAGUCCUUCUGGCAGACCUCGGACGUGCUCUAUCAGAUACUUGGUAUGCAAUGCAUGGAUGUCAGCACAGACAGCACACAGACAGACAGACAGGAAUCGGUCACCGGUCAGGAGACAGACGGAUGAAUGCAUGACAUGUGCUUUGGUGUGUGUUCUGUGCGAUGCGUUGUGCAGCUCAGAUUGCUCGUGGCGUGGAGAAGACGGCAGACCCGGUGCUGGGGUAAGCGGAGAGCUGGCGAAGGCAAGGCAGGCCGUCAACUCACUGUGUGUGUGUGUGUGUGUGUCUGGUAUUGCCAUCCAUCGGUGCCUCCAUCCAUCCAUCCAUCCAUCCAUCCAUCCAUCCAUCCAUCUCUCUCCAGCGACGACCGUUGCGUGAUAUGGCAGGGGAUGUUGCACAGCGAGGACAAGCGGCCCGUCAUCCGCAUGACCAAACCCGGCGAGACGGUCGAGUCGCAGACAUACGUCAACCGGGUGCUCGUGUUCCUCUUCGCUGGUGAGUGGGUGGCGAGGAGGACAUGAGAUGUGGUAUGAUAGAGGGGACUGUCGUCGACCCGACCGCUGUGUGUGUGUUUGGAUGUGCAGAUGACGACUCAUUCAACGAGCUGCAGGAGGUAAACCGAGGAAGGGGGAGCCACCGGAUGGCGUCUUGUCACCUCACCCUGUGUGUGUUGCGGGUACUUCUGUUUUGCAGAAGCCGAAGAAGCCGUUUGCGAUGGCGUGUGGCGACUCCAAGUGCGUCAACCUCACACACAUCGCACUCGACGACUGACCGACAUAUACACACACAUACAUACACACACAAUACAUGUGCCGACGCGGCGGGGUGGACGGAUGCUCUUGCCUUGUCUUGCCUUGCCUUGUCUUCCUCUGGUAUGACGUAUCGCGCUCUUGAUUGACGGAUCAAGCGGCUAUUUGUGCUGUCUGGCUGUCUGAAAUGGACGGAUGGAUGGAUGCUGAGGUUUAAGUUUCCGGUUUGUCUCUCUGUCUUUGGAGGUCUCACUAGACGCUGCCUGUCUGUCUUGCCUGCACGCGUGUGUGCCCGCCCCCUGUUCGACCGGCUCCGUGUACCCGCCCUUGGUGACACUAAUGCGGCGGGGCAUGUUGCCUUGUUGUCUUGCUGCCUUAGCUCGCUAGGACCCUCCCUGCCUAUGCCCUCUCACACACAUCUAUCUCUCUCUCCCAACCUUUUUUGUGUGCCCUUGCCCCGCCCACCCGUCCGUCUCUUCGCCAUCGGUGUGGGGCGUGUGUGUGUGUGUGUGUGUGUGUGUCUGAGUCUGAUGGAAUGGCUUCGUGCUGACGAUGGGUACGACUUUAUUGAGUAGCCCAUUCUUGAUCUGCGUGACUGGGGGUAUGGUGCUGCGGUGCUGUGCGUGGAGUCCUGCCUGCUUUGUCUGUGUGUGUGUCUCUCUCUCAUUGCGGUGUGCUUACUGUAUGAGCUCACGGUCGCUAUGCCAUCGUCCUCCGCAAUGAACACUAAGACAACAUACUCCUUUGAAGCCACACACACUUUUCUCCGUAGGACAGACAGACACACAAACACGCCGAGAGAUGUGGCUGAAUGGAUGGAUGGAUGGAUGGGCGGUGUGUGUUUAUUGCUGGUGAGGGGGCGGGUGCCUGGGCGUCGGCCCUGUCUGUGCGCCGGUGGAGUGGGGGAGCGACCCGGGCGAAGGAGAGGCGCGCAUGACCGUGUGCCUUCCCGAUGCUUCCAAGCGCGCUUCCGCAAACCACGGGCGCACAGGCAGCCCGGCCCAUGCACGCCGCGCCGCCGAGCACACAGCACAGCACAGCAGUGGCCAAGUAGCUAGCAAUUAUGCGAGACGAGGGCAUGGCCACGGUGACCCCAUCCAUCACAGUCAGUAUACAUACGAUCGGUAUUUGUACAGAUGCGGUGUAUCGAUCGAUCGAUGUGUGGAUGUGUGGACACCCCCUUACAUGUGCUGCAUCCAUGGCUUAUGUGGUGCAUGAUGGACCGAAUCCGUGUCUCUCUGCACGAUGUCAACUGACUGCUUCAC